CAUAAAGAGAUUGAUAGCAUUAGAAGCAGACAUGAGGAGAGCAGCUGUCAUCUUUGAAUCAAAUCAAAGCAUUGCACUUCCACACGGCAGAAACCACAGAUGGGACAUAGGAGCAUCUGUUAUACUAAAUACACCUGAAAUUAUACCAAAUUUAAAAAGUUUGAAUGUCUGAAGCAAGGAACCCGUCAGUCACUUGCCUGAAGCCAGGAUUAUUCGUCUCCUUGUGCAUCCUGGAGCGCUAUGGGUAUACGGCGAGCUCAUAGAGCAUAUCUGGCUUUUACUUUCAAUUGUGUGGCAUUUGCCAUGGCUGUGUCGGCUGUCACCACCAGCUACUGGUGUGAAGGGACCAGGAAGGUGGCAAAGCCCUUCUGCACUGGGCUGGUGACAGUCAAGCAGACGUACUGUAUCCGGUUUAACAGCUCCAACAUCAACGACACACGACUGGUGCAGUACAUCUAUGAGACCGGAGAGGAAAAAUUCCUCAUGAGGAAAUUUCACACGGGUAUCUGGUUCUCCUGUGAACAAACUGUCGACUUACUGGGAUUUGACUGUAGAAGUUUUUUAGAGAUAGCACCUGAUCAUGAAAGAGGGGUGCUGUGGCUGUGUAUUGUGGCCGAGUGUCUGUAUAUAACUCUGCUCUUCAUGGGUGGAUCUCUCUUGAUGUUAGAGAUGUGUCCCUGUUUUAACUUGAUAAACAAACUCAAGCUUAAUGCCUUUGCAGCUGUAUGCACUGCUCUCUCAGGCCUUCUGGGAAUGGUUGCCCAUAUGAUGUUCACAACAGCUUUCCAGCUGGCUGUCAGUAUGGGUCCAGAAGAUUGGAGACCUAAGACAUGGGACUAUAGUUGGUCAUAUCUUUUGGCAUGGGGCUCAUUUGCCACCUGCAUGGGCUCGGCGGUCACGGCCUUAAACCAAUACACCAAAACCAUCAUCGAGUUUAAAUUUAAGCGACGGAGCAUCGAGAAGAAACUGCGCAUCAAGCAGAAGAUUUUGGAGCUGGAGGUACCUGAAGACUUAUGGUACAUCACUUCAUUACAGGAGCAAGCAGACCAACACACAGUUUUCUCUGUUAAUGACAUUGAAACAUCUUACAACAGUGGAGAAUAUUACUUGUGAAGAUAAUGAUGGACCUCGCUUCUCUUCAAACCACAACCUGCAGUGCAUUUUUAUUCAACAGGGCUGCAUAUGGAUAUUUAAAUAAUAUUCUGAAUAGACACUGUGUUACUGACACGUGUACCAGUUUUAAGGAAAGUUUAUACUCAUUUAUACAUCUUUGCAUGACUUUGUUCUUGCUAAUUACUGAAUGAAAUUUGAGGGGUUGAAAGGUUGAGGUUCAUUUAUUGGAUCUUUGAUUAAAUAAGUGAGAUAAUACCAUGAGAAAAUUUUCUUUAAAAGAAAAAGUUUCAUGUAUAAUAAAACUACAAUUCAAAAAAAAAAAGGUUUUAUCUAUUCUAAACAUUUUUAUAUACUAUACAUCAUACAUGAUUGCUGUUUCCCCUUCUCAAAAACAAUUGCAGGACUAUUAGAGUCGGUUUGUUUCCAUCCUGAGUGAAAACAGAGAAACCUCACAAUUUACAUAUAAGAUGGCAGAUGUAUCUAACAGACUGAAGUGUGUGAGGAUCAUAACUGUCUCUUGAGAAUAUCUUAACUUAACAUCUUGUGUGUCAUUUACUAUGAAUUUUAGUCAGGUUAUAUUUCAUUUAUUUUGCUCUCACAGAUAAAGAAAACAAUAACAGUGACAAUCAAUGAUUGUGACUGUGAACCCUGUAAAAUAUACACUAACCAACAUUUAAAGUGAUUCAAAACCUUUCAUAAAAGAUGUUUACUCGUUCAAGUCCCAACUUUGAUUAACUAUUUUGAUCCACUUCAUAUGUUGACUAGUAAAAUCACAAUAACGGCAGAACAAUCUAAUCUUUUAAUGAUGAAAGUGAAAAUCUUUAGAUUGUAUAAUUCUAUUGAAUAUGUU